AUCUACGAUGUAGUUGGCUAACAUGUAAAAAAGUGACACGGAAUUCAAUUUUGAAUUUUAAAUAAUUAAUUUUUUAUGAUUAUAAUUUUUUUUAUCCAAAUUUCGUGCUUUCAUCCGACUGAAAUCAACUUAAAAUGGCUAAGGAAGUAUCUAUGUGCACGCAAUUGCAACAAUGGAGUCCUGUGAAAGAGACGGGGAGUACUCCGACCGUUCCACCACAGCUGGGGUACUGUUUCCACACCCCUAAGAAGCACCCUUGGAGACCCAUCAUGGGUUACGAAGAAAUCGAGGUUACGCCUAUGCCAUCCCAGCCCAUCACCAACACGAUGGUGGACCCGUGCUACACGCCGGCCGGCAUGGCCGCGGAGCCCCUGCGCUUCCCCAACCUGGUGACGGGCUUCGACCGCAGCCCCGAGCACGCGGCGCGCGCGGCGCUCUACACGCGCUACACGCAGCACGAGUGGAGCCAGAACAGCGUCAACAACUACAACGAGUCGGACGCCAAGAGGAACUUCUCCGAGCGCGUGCGCAACGACAUUAUGCGCAUGCUCAGAGAGACUGACGAAAUAGGAACCCAGGGACAGAGGGAUUCCGGCAGGCGCAUUGGAGAGCGUAUAACCGACACCACAUUCUGGAGAAACGAGGUGUCAAUAGAAAUGGAGCGCUUGGUGGCAACGUGCGAGAAACUAAAUGACACCAGGAGGCAACUGGAGCGUGCUAUUGCGGGGAUCGAGGGCCCUCUGCACAUUGUACAGGAGUGCCUCUACCAUCGCGAGAAGAGACAGGGUUUGGAGCAAGUUCAUGACGCAGUGGAGCAGUCUCUUCUGAAGGAAGUCGCUAUUCUUCGCGAGUGUCAGGAUAAAUUCAGAAAUAUGCUAGAAAAGGUCCGCCAACAAUCCAAGAACUGUCGCGCGACACAGAACGAGCUGGAGACAGACAUGCGCAACAAGGAGUACGCCCUCGGCAUCGACUCGAUGUGCCAUCAACUCAACAACUUCUCGAAGGGUCUACAAUUCUACGCGGGCAUCGAGCGCUACGACCCGACAGUGUGCGACACGGAGCGCUGGGCGGCCGCCAGCGCCGGCACGCUGCAGCGCUCGCAGUCCGAGCGCGCCAAGGCCACGCAGAUGCUCUCCGACGCCGAGAACCUGAUCAACGUUUCGGCGACGGAGAUCUGGGAGCAGUGGAGCAACACCAACAGCGCCUUCACGCGCCGCAUCGCCAUGACCAUCGAGAUCAAGAACAAGUUGCAGCUGCACUUGCACAAGAUCCAGCAGGAGAUGUUCGACGUGGAGAAGACGCUGGAGCUGCUGAACAAGGCGAUCGAGGACAAGCUGCAGCCCAUGAAGGUGGCGCACACGCGGCUGCAGGCGCGCACCAACCGCCCGCACCUCGAGAAGUGCCGCGAUGAGGCGCAGCACAGACUCGUCAAAGAAGUCUGCGAUCUCCAAGAGACCAUGGAAACUCUGAGGUCUAAAAUAGCGACAGCCGAAGGAACACACCAGACCCUGCUGGGCGUCCGAGCUGGGCUGGAGGCUGACCUCCGCAACAAGAGCACCACGCUGUUCAUUGACCGCGACCAGUGCAUGGGCCUGCGCCGGGGCUACCCGGUCACUGCGGCCAUUAAAGCUUAAUGUCAACUUAGAAAAGAUUAGUCUGUGCUGUUAAAUUAUCUGUGUUUAUUUGUUUGGUUGGAGAAAUAAAUUUGUUUACAUUUAAA